UGAGGCUAUUAGUUAAUCUAUGCAGUUAAGGGGUAGGUUGGGACACAGCCACAUCCUUAGAAUAUAUGAGGUAAUAACGUGUUAAAUGAUUCUAUCACAUGUUUUGUGGUUUAUGUUCGCAUUAUGAUACAAUUGAUUAAUCCAUUGGUUGUUUCUAUGUAUACACUUUGACGUUAAUGGUCUAUUAUUUAGAUUUUUUCAAGAGGUCAUAUACCACGCUUGUAAUUUAUACCACCCCCUUGGGGGCGUGUUUACAGCUGUAACCUGUUAUAAGGAUGUGAAAUCAUUGUAAACUUAGAUUGCUUGAUAAAGAAGCGGGAGCUUCGAAACGUUGCAUAUUCAUGCAUAUGUAUGCUGGAUAAAGAAUUUUCGUUUUCUUCACAAAGAUAAGUUGUCUGGACUUUUUUUGAUAACUAUACAUUGUGUCCUUAAUUGGACUAAAGUAACGGACUGGUGCAUACUCCACUCCAUUUUGUUUGGAUAUAUGAUAUAUUGAGUGUAGAGGAGGCACCCAUGUCCCAACCUACCACUUUGCCGAGUACACAGGCUGACAUAUUUGCCUACACGGAGGUGGAAGCUGCAAGUAUAGCUACUCUGACGAGGGGUUCACGGGAUUUCUUGCAUACAGCCCAUCCAGAGGCACGCAGCCGGAAUCUGGAGCGUCUAACCAAGAAAGCAGUAUCAUUGGAAUUACAUGGCUGCACUUUGGCAGAGUACUAUCGGCUGAGACGAAUCCCGAGGGGCCUGCGAGUACAUUUGCAACCUACCCUGUUCUCGGAUAAUCUGGAGUAUUGCAAGAAGUUUGAGGGCAUUUUGAACAAAUGUUCCCUGGACAUAAUUACUCUCACAAUUGAGCAGAUACAGAAAGAAUUACUUACGGUGUCGGAACAAGUGAGUACACUUGAAACGCAACUGACGCAGAUAUCGAGCCAGGAGGAGUGGGCGGAAACCAAGUCGCAAAUUGAGAGUAUCUCAGAGAGGUUCCGGCUGGAGCUCGAGACCCGGAAGAGGGAUAAGUUCUUACGUGACGCAGAAGAUUACAACAGUGGACGGGUGUACCGGUGGAUACCGGGACGUUCCUACGCUACUCCUCCCUUCUUUCGGGGCCGCAAGACGCAGGCGCGACAGCCACGUGGGGCACGCCGCGACGUACGGCAGGAGGCCGGACGCAGCAGUUCAGGGGAGACGUCUUCGCAACGCGCUUCGGAUUCCUCCCGGUCUUCGGCUUUUUUAGGCGACGACAGCGCUCCUUCAAGCAGCGGGGAACGCGAAGGGGGCGCCCCAGAAUCUGGCGCAACAGCUGCGACCAAACCACGGCCGACGAGAGGCACUCACAAGUCAGCACCCAAGAAGGGACUUCAAUCGUGAUUAAUAUCUCCAAAAAGAUCUCAAAUGUUGCGAGUUAAACGCAUAGUCACAGAGGAAGAACAGCUCAAUAUACGGUUGGAUGAG